CCCCAGUUUUUGAAAUCUAUUUUCAGAAAACUAGACAUAUUGUAUGAGUAAGCAGAUACUGUACUAUUUACCCAAAAUUUUCUCAAAAAGUAGCUCCAAAAUGUAUGGCCAAACAAUGAAGAAUAUCCAUCAGCAGACAAAUUCAGCCGCCACCAUGGCAGGUGAAGGAGCUGCCAACGCCAAUCAGAGGAAAUUGCCCAGAUUUCUUUGCCUUCAUGGGUUUCGAACGAGUGGAGCAAUUCUGAAGAAGCAAAUAUUUGAUAAAUGGCCAAUUCAAGUUGUGAACAAAUUGGAUCUAGUUUUUGUUGAUGCGCCAUUUCCAUCUCAAGGCAAAUCUGAAGUUGAAGGCAUCUUUGACCCUCCUUAUUAUGAAUGGUACCAGUUCAAUAAGGAAUUGAAAGAGUAUGAGAAUUUUGAUAAGUGUCUUGAAUAUAUACAAGAGUGUAUGAUUAAGCAUGGACCUUUCGAUGGUCUUCUUGGUUUCUCCCAGGGGGCAAUUCUUUCUGGAGCAUUGCCUGGAUUGCAGGAUAAGGGAGUGGGACUUACAAAGGUUCCCAAAAUAAAAUAUCUGAUAAUAAUUGGAGGUGCGAAAAUGCAGAUUACAUCACUGGCCGAAAAAGCUUAUUCACCAGCAAUUACAUGCCCUUCUGUUCACUUCUUAGGUGAGAAAGACUUCCUAAAGCCGUCUGGGAUGAAACUUUUGGAAUCAUAUGUUGAUCCAGUGGUCAUUCAUCAUCCUAAGGGCCACAGUAUACCAAGAUUUGAUGAGAAAGGAUUAGAGAGCAUGCUUAGUUUCAUUGAGAAGGUGCAAGCAGAGAUUAGCACAAGUGAACAAGUUUGAUGAAAUUAUGUUUUUAUGUGGUAGCUCCUCGUUUGGGAAGUAUGUUUAUAUUUAAUUUUUUAAAAAAUAAUAUGGCUUUGAAUAAUUAAUUUGUUUUACUCUCUAGGAAAGAAAAACUCUAGACCUUAUUAGAAAAGUUGCAGAACUAUGGCCUUGCUAUUGUAUUUACGGCAGUAUGCCAUUCGAUUAUUUCACUACAUCCUUCGAUUUGUUUCUCUUGGCUUUAAAUUCAAUGUGCAAAUAUUGGCAAUACAUCAAAUUGACCAAUUGGUACCUUCUUUACAUGUAACAUAUUCAUAAUUGGAUCCAUAUUUUUUGUCUUUUAAAAAAGUUUAUAACGCUUCCUACCUAGUUGUGUUUUAAUUGGAAAAGAGAAGGUCAUAUUUUAAAGAAGUCUCACCUCGGAAAAGGCAAGGGCAAUUGUUCUUCUUAUAUGAAUUUGCUUAAUCUUUUCUUCAUAAGUUAGUUUUUGGGUUUAGUUAAGCUCAAAAUCUAUUUUUAUAUAGCAUCAGAGUCAAGAUUCAGCCCCCAUAUUAUAUUAUCCAUGCUCCAAAUAUUUUGUUUGAGUACCUGAUAAUUUUUUUUUUAUAGUAUGACUAUAUAUAUAACAUACAAAAUAAAAAAAUAUUAAGACAGUUUAUUAUGAAUCAAUUUUGAACCGCACAUAAAUUUUGUUUUAUAACCGUCUGAAUUAAGAUAUCAAAAUAGCCCGAGUUAAUAAAAUUAGCAGGUCAUUAGCUCAUCUAAAUAUUAGUAGUACUAUAAAUUGGACGAGGACUCAAUUGCCACUUCUAGUGUUGUACAAGUACUCUAUUGCAAUUAAGUCAAAAUUAUAUUUAUAUAAAUAAGAGACGUAAGAACUAAGAAGAGAAAGCAGCAGAAUUGCCACUUUUGGCCACCGCAAACCCGUUUACAGUGUGAGGUGCAAAUGCAAUGGGCUCCGAUGCUGCUGACUCAAGGUACUUCCUAAUUUCCUUUGUUUUAAUGGCAUUCCUAUUUUACACUUUCACUAAUGUAAUUAUAUAAUAGCAAUGCCCAAAAGUGUUAGCAACUUAGGUGAAUUGAACAAAUAGGGAGUUGUGCUGGUCCUGUGUAUAUCUAUGUGUUUAUUUUUGCAGUGGUAGGGAAUGGGAGGAAUAAUUUUGUUUGUUAAGAGGACUUAAGAGUGAGUAGAGUUUCUGGUAUUUGUUGUUUUUGGUGGAAGGUGACAUGCAUCCCAUGAAAUUAUUCGAACAUAGUCUGACAUCAUGGUUGUAAAAAGAAAGGCAUGAGGUAGACUUAAAAUCACAGGGAAGCAAGUUAUCUCAAUGAACCUCCAAUCUCUUGAAAUCCAUAUAAUAUUUGUGAUGAACAGAACACCAUAGAAGAAAAUAAUCCAAAUAGGCAAUAUGCACCGGUUAGAUUAAAAUAGUCGCUAAUUACAUAUUUAUGUUAGAUCCCGUAUUUGAUAAGAGUCUUUUAAGUUUGUUCAGAGAUUGUAUACCAGUGUAGGGAUAGGUUCAGAUAUACAGAAUCUCUAAUUUGCCUUAUAAGACAAACAAUUGAGUGGUAGAAUGGAACAGACGAAAUCCAAUGGAAUGGAUAUAGAUAAUUCAUAUAGCCGACCUUAACUAGUUUGGGAUCAAGGUGUAAUUGUUGUUGUUACCUUUCCUAGCCGUCAAUUCUGGUCCAAAAGGAAGGAUCUUCUAAUUCCUCCUUAUUUAUUAGAAUUAUUUGCAUUGCUGAAGUCUUGCAAGAUAUCACUUGCUGUCCAUAUUUUCAUGAAUAUACUAGUUUUAAGCUACGAAUAUUUACAUAAUUCCUACCCUUCCCAGGGUACAUUACUCGAUAUUUGCAAGCCUAUGUCCAUCGGCUUCUCCAACACAUAUUAAAUACUUAAGAUGGAGGUGAAGAUGAGGAAUAUUAUGAUAUCAUGCAUUUAUAUGAGUAGAGCGAGCUAUUUCCGUAUGCAAAUUGUCUUCUUAGUCCUCCAUUCAUGCAUGCUCUAAUUCCUCCUCUCGUAGUCUCUGACAUCUUGCUUGGUCAAGUAUUGAUGCAGAUAUUAAACAUCUGAGACCUUGGUGGUUCAAUUCUAUUUGUUCCUCAAGUGGUCUGCCAACUAUCUUUGGUCUGAUUAAGCACAUCAACCUUUUACAGCAGAUAUAGCUUCAAAAAUGCCCUUCAGGAGUCUCAGCACAAACGAAAAUUCAUGAUUUUAAAAGAUACAAAUCGAACACAUAACAAAUCAAGUUGAUAAGAAAAUAUUCAGGACAACUUGCACUUUUGCUCCUCAAGUUAUUUCUUAAUUUCAAACCCUGGAUUAUUGCACUUGGCUGAUCUUUAAUUUGUUUCAAAGGAAACAAUCUGGGCCUUUCAGUAAUGUAAUCAACUAAUCUUUAAGAAUCUCAUAUAUUGCAGAGUCUUCCACCCCUUUCAUCUUUCGCCCAUUCCUCAUAUCCGUCAUCAGCACUUACAGCCCCUUAUGUACUCCUAAACUCUGCUCCCUACUUCUAGUGACCUUGCCGUUUGCCUUGCAAACUACAUUUUUUUCCAGCCUUCCCCCUGGUUCAGAAACGAGACUGCAUCAUGUGCAAUAAGAUUGGGGAGGAAUUGCAUGCAUAGCUUCAGGGUAAUUAAAGAUGGGGUUCCAAGGUGGCGGAGAAGGUCUUAAAGCCACUUAGUGGUCAUUUCAAUGCCACGUACACAAUGGUUGAGAGAGUUCAGUGGGGACAAGGAUCAAAUAUGAAGUGAAAAAAUAAUAAUAGGGCACGCGUAAAGCGUUUAGAAAGAUGAGGAUGGCAAUUGCUCCCAACAAAACAAUGUAAAUCCACCACUUGAGAAAAAAGCUCAGAAUAGGUAUCUUGGAUUCACUGAGGAGACUGCCAAAUUGCAAGCGGGAGAAUGAAUCAAUUAACUUCCUGACUAGUAUUUUCGGCGUAUGGUAAUGAAUAUGUAGUGUCAACUAUCCUUUUCCUUUAUGACUUGACUUCUACUAUUUAUAAAGACAAAUGUAUGUUAUGGUGAUUGAUAAAGUUGUGUUGUUUCUCAAA